UCCCAGCUCUGCCCAUUCCGCAUCGCCUGCACUGAGAACCUCGCAGCAUCCCAGCACAAACACCGCUGCCGCCCACACCAACCUCGCAGCACCAGCGGGUUUGUGUGGAGAUUUUCAUUCGAGGGAGAGUUUGCAUUGAGGUGAGAGUGAGAUGGCGCUGAACGGCGGCAGCAAGACGUUCGUGCAGGACGAGGAGAAGCAGCGGCUGCUCCUGGAGGAGCACACCGAGAAGCACUUCACGGCCAGCGAGGUGGUCCGGGACAUCAUCAUCGGCGUCUCCGACGGCCUUACCGUGCCCUUCGCGCUCGCCGCGGGGCUCUCCGGCGCCAACGCCUCCUCCGCGCUCGUCCUCACGGCGGGGCUCGCAGAGGUCGCCGCCGGCGCCAUCUCCAUGGGGCUCGGAGGGUACCUGGCGGCGAAGAGCGAGGCGGACCACUACAACCGCGAGCUGCAGCGCGAGCAGGAGGAGAUCGACACCGUCCCUGACGUCGAGGCCGCCGAGAUCGCCGACAUCCUGUCGAAGUACGGGCUGGGCCCCGCGGAGUACGGCCCCGUGGUGACCUCCCUCCGCGGCAACCCCAAGGCGUGGCUGGAGUUCAUGAUGAAGUUCGAGCUGGGGCUGGAGAGGCCCGAGCCCCGGCGCGCGCUGGUGAGCGCCGCCACGAUCGCGCUCUCCUACGUCGCCGGCGGGCUGGUGCCGCUGCUCCCCUACGUGUUCGUGCCGCGCGCCGGGCGCGCCAUGGCCGUGUCCGUCGCCGUCACGCUCGCCGCGCUGCUCUUCUUCGGCUUCGUCAAGGGCCGCUUCACGGGCGACCGCCCCUUCCUCAGCGCCGUCCAGACCACCGUCGUCGGCGCGCUCGCCUCCGCCGCCGCCUACGCCAUGGCCAGGGGCGUGCAAUCCAUAUGAAUACGAUCACUGCACCGGUCAUCAUGCAGCUACACUACACGUUGCCAUCUGCACAGUCCAUAUAUAUAUAUGUGUGUGUGUGUGUGUGUGCAGCUAGCAAGAAAAAUAAGCGCAGCAAUGUAUACGUGGCUGCUGGUAGCUGUGCAGAUGGCAACGUGUAGUGUAACUGUGCUACUGCUGGUAGUGUAUUUUGUUUGCUGGUUGCGUGUAGUGUUCAAGCGACGUGUUGUUAGUGUUGUGUUUGUACUUUGUAAGGAGGUGUGGAUUAUUUAGGGGCAAAAUCAAGUGUGGCCUGCUGGGCUUUUUGGAUCGCUUGUCAAUCCUGUUGCGGCGAAUGCAUGGCUGAUGAAAUGGGCUGUAUUGAUUCGGCAA